CCCUGUGUUUACGGUGAAACUCGUGUUACUGGCUCUGUCGAUGACGCACGCCCAGCAUACAGCGAUGCUACAACUCGCUAGUUUACCGCCGAGGGUUUUGCACUUUAGUGCUUUUCAUUAUGGGUGUAGCAGUACAGCUGAUGUGUUCAGUUAACUUAUUGUUAUUCUCAAUAGGACCGCACUGAGCCAAUAAUGUGUUCAUACAAAGCAGUAAGGUGUUCUUUGAGGUGUGGGGUAUGCAGACCAAAGUAGAAUCAGCAGUGCACAAGGCAAUUCUGGACAUCAUAAUAAAGGGGCACAAACAGGCGUUUUUGUGGAUGGACGAGUGGUAUGGUAUGACGAUAGAUGAUGUACGUAACUUUGAACAGAAACUGCAUGAAGAGACCAACCACAAAGUAUUGGAAGGACUGGAAAUACCAGAAUCACCAAACCCUCAAACUUAACCUGAUGACCUCUUCAUUGUUUGUUGUUUGAGUGUUCAUUGCCUUUUUAUACCUUCAUAUCUUUGCAUCUCAUGAUAGUAUAAACAGCAAAAUGUGCCAGCAGCUGCAUGCCUCUUCUACCACACCAUGCAUACACUGUACUGCCCCUUCUUCAUUCUUAAUAUGAGUCGUACAUUUAUGUGAGUGAUGUGUGUGUACAGCCGAACCUGCGAUAAGGAACCUUCCGAGAUCGGGACGACUGAACACUUGUUUCAACUCCACGCGAACACAUUUUGAC